GCGAAGGUUUCUGCGUUCUCUUUUUGCGAAACGACACCAGAAAAACAGGCGAGAAAAAAAAGCAAAAAGGAAGAAUAUGUAGAGCCACAACCUAAAUUGUCAGCGUGCCAAACUCCCGGAAUCAGGCUAGCGAAAUGACCCCCCAGCGCCAGCAGCACCAGCACCGGCACCAGCACCAGCAUCUGCACCACCAGCGCCAUCACCAUCACCACCAACGGCCACGGCAGCACCAAGCAGCAUUUCCAUUCAUUCCUUCAGCAAACGUCUCGCGUCUCGUUCGACUCGCACCUGCGUCCAUCAAACGUCUGGACCUGCGCCUCUUCUUUCUUUAAUUGCCCCCAUGUCCGCUCCCCCCACUAUCACCACCACCACUCCCACCACCACUACUAUCACGACUGCUGCCACUCUUCCUAUAGAAGCAACGGAACAUAUCCCAGUUGCCCAAAGGUGCUUUCUUUGACCUGUCCUACCCUUCCAUUUUCCUCUAGACCAGUUGUUGGCUGCUCCAGAUCACUUCACUCCAGUCCACAGACCAUCUCGCACAACACAAGACACAAACACAUCAUCGCAAUACAACUCAACACCCGCCAUAAGAUCUCGCGCCCCGGACCUCGAUACCCCACGUUGGCAGCAAGGGUCGACACCGAUACCGACACCGACACCGACACCGGGCAAUGACCGCUGGGCAAACGGUUCAAGCUGGCGAAUAACUACUGUUCCUCCCAUCUGCCCUCUGUGGCUUCCGGCGCGUUGGAAGCUGCAGAUAUACGGUCUCUCACCGGCAUCUCCUUUCUCAGGGCGAACUACCAUCCCCUGUCAUUGCAGACAACGCAACUGUCUCCAGGGCAGGUCCCCGGAAAAACCUUUCCUUCCGCUUACACGCUACUGACUCCGCCAUACGCGACCGCAGAUGUGACGGCUCAACACCAGUAUUCCAUGACCCCAGACUCGUCGACGAAAUCGACGCCCUCCUCUCAGACCCUCCAAAACAGCCCCCGCUCCAUGACGGAGCUCGAGGCUCCUCCACAACCCAAGUCGGACCCCGUCCAGUCGGCGAAACAGAAACGGGUGAGGACCGGAUGUUUGACCUGUCGCGAACGCCACCUCAAGUGCGACGAAGCCGUACCAAACUGUCAGAAUUGCCUCAAAUCUAACCGAAAAUGCAAGCGCGGCGUCCGCCUGAACUUCAUCGACGUCCAUUGCCAACAGCCCCCGUACUUGAUCCCGCGGACCCGCGAUUGGAAAGUCUCUUUCCAAGAUGACUCGCGCGACAUUGCUUCCGAGUAUCAAGGCGGUCGGGAGAGGUACCAUCCUCUUGAACCAGAGCCCAAGCGGCAGAAGUUGGACGUGUCGGGAGUGACUUACGACUAUGCUCAGAUAGCAGCUCCAACCAUAGCUCAUCAACAGCUUCCAGCUCAACAGCCCUACCCUCACUCCUAUGCCGAGUCAGCACAAGCUAUGUAUGCCAACCCCACUACACAAGCUUAUGACGACACCACGAAUGCCAUGGGAGCUUAUCCAGAAGCAGCCCAAGCAUUGAGACAAUCUUACCACCAGCACGCUAUGCUUACCCCUGUCGAACAAGAACAAGGCUCCCCUCGCCUAGAAGACCGGAACGAGGUUCUGUACAUGCAGGUAUAUGUGGAAGAGGUGGGCUUGUGGAUGGACUCGAUGGACGCGGAGAAGCAUUUCUCUCGUCUGAUACCCUUCCAAGCACUCAAGGAACCCAUGCUGAAAUAUGCCUUGCUGGCCUGCGGUGUUCGACACCUCACCUUGGUCAACCCGAUCUACCCAGAAGAGCAUGCCUUGAACUACUACAACAGUGCAACGCAACUUCUACUGAAAGCGCUACAGAAUCCUGACCGAGAUAGCGUAUUGUGCGCCACCACAGCCACCAUCCUCAACGUCUACGAAGUCAUGUCUGAGAAAGCUCUGCAACGGAUGAACCACAUCGCCGGCGCCCGGGCCCUCAUCAAGGAGUGUCGAUGGGAUGCCACCUCAACGGGCAUUGGGGCGGCCUGUUUCUGGCUGAAUGUCGGACUAGAGUUGUUUAGCUGCCUGCAUUUCAAUUGGGCCGUUGCUUGGGACCCCGACACCUGGGGUAUUGACAUCGCCAUGACCCCUCAGCUUGUUCCCGGACACGAAGAAGACUGGGCACACAGGAUGUUGUGGAUACUAUCAAAGAUUACCAAUUUCAGAUCAGAGGCUCAGCGACGAUACAACGACAGCAGUGUCCAUGCCGAACAGGUGCGCUUGCACCAGCGAAACAAACAGUGGCUAGGCCUCAAGUUUUUCUGUGACCGUUGGCAUGAGUGCGUUCCGCCCACAAUGCAUCCUCUCGCAUAUGUUCCGCCUCAGAUGACGGCAUCGAAAAGUGCGUUCCCUGAACUGUGGUUCAUCAAGAGGGCUACCAUCGUCGCGAGGCUGUUCUAUCAUACUGCCAUGGCGCUGCUGGGUUCGGUUCACCCUUUGGCCAGCAUGCACCCUCAGAAAGCAGAGGAGAUGCAGGACAUGAGGAUCCACCAUUCGAGGCAGAUCUGCGGGAUUGUGGCCCAUGUCAAGGACCGUGGAGUGGCUUCAGCCUCCAUUCGCUGUCUGGCAGUGGCUGGCGAAAACCUCACUGUCAGACGGGAACAGGAAGAGGUGCUGCAGAUUUUCGACCGAAUCAAAAAGGAAACGGGUUGGCGCGUCGACUCGAUCCACGAUGAACUCAGGGAGAAAUGGGGUUGGACUAGUGUUGUUCAAGACUACGACACCAUGAGUUCAGCGUCUACGUAUUAUGCACCUUCGAGGCCUUCAGCUGCUUCAAAUACACCAAACGCAACGCCUCCGCGUGCAAAAUACCCCAGCGGCAUCGUCAACCCAUUGUACCAAAAUGCCGAUUUUUCGGCCCAGAAUCCGCCGUAUCAAGGAAACUACGUCCCUCCCGCUCCUGGCCAUGUCAUGCAUAACAACACGCAGAUGUAUGGGUUUUCCGGUAUUGCGGCCAUUUGACCUUGUUCAAGACUCCUUCUGCAGAGUGUCGGGGCACUACAGAACCCGACAGCAAGUACUAUAAUUCGUUGCGUCGCAGCAUAAAUCAUGGGCGUUGACGGUCUGAUUGCAUCUAUUGAGGACGUAGCAGAGAGCUUUGCUGGAAUGUCUCAAAUUCGCAGCUGCGCAUUGAAGAGUUGGAUUCAGAGUUUGGGAUUUUGAUGGCCGGACGACAUAGACACGAUCGAGACGGGCCAGAGAGUAUGGGACUUGGAACAGAACCCGCUGGCUCUUGAGGGGCGCAAACCUGGGAUUCAACAGGCGUUUCUCGGGGCAAAGAAUAAGGCUCAGUGCUCGGAAAACCAGACGGCACGGGCGAGCAUAGUUAAUAAUGGUUGCUGUACGAGGAUCAGGUGAGUUGUACUCCGUAUAUAUGUAUAGUCGAUUGUGAGGCCUUGGUGCGGGUGGUCUCUGUAGCCACUUGGCCAGUUGGGUAUAUAUCCAUAUAUCACAAGAAGACUGCAGAGCAUCUAGCUUCUUCUCAAACGCGGGAUGCUCAUGAGGCUGCUGACCUUCGUAUUGGCAAAGCCGUUCUUCGCUUGCGCUCGUA